GCCGCCGCCGCCGCCGCCGUCGUUCGCGCCGCCCGAGCCCGGUCCUCCGCGCCCCCUGCCCUGCCCCGCCAUGGCCAACGUGGCCGACACCAAACUCUACGACAUCCUGGGGGUGCCCCCGGGCGCCAGCGAGAACGAGCUGAAGAAGGCAUACAGAAAGUUGGCCAAGGAAUACCAUCCUGAUAAGAAUCCAAAUGCGGGGGACAAAUUCAAAGAAAUCAGUUUUGCAUACGAAGUUCUCUCAAAUCCCGAGAAACGCGAGCUAUAUGAUCGCUAUGGAGAGCAAGGCCUUCGGGAAGGUAGCGGUGGAAGUGGCGGAAUGGACGAUAUUUUCUCUCAUAUUUUUGGCGGGGGGUUGUUCAGCUUCAUGGGUAGUCAGAGUAGAAGUCGUAAUGGCAGAAGAAGAGGCGAAGACAUGAUGCAUCCACUCAAAGUAUCUUUAGAAGAUUUAUAUAACGGCAAGACAACAAAACUACAACUUAGCAAGAAUGUUCUCUGUAGUGCGUGCAAUGGGCAAGGUGGUAAGUCCGGAGCCGUGCAGAAGUGUAGUGCUUGUCGGGGCCGAGGUGUGCGCAUCAUGAUCAGACAGCUGGCUCCCGGGAUGGUACAGCAGAUGCAGUCUGUGUGCUCCGAUUGCAAUGGUGAAGGGGAGGUAAUCAAUGAAAAGGAUCGUUGUAAAAAAUGUGAAGGGAAGAAAGUGAUAAAGGAAGUAAAGAUUCUUGAAGUUCAUGUAGAUAAAGGCAUGAAACACGGGCAGAGGAUUACAUUUACUGGUGAGGCAGACCAGGCCCCAGGAGUGGAACCAGGAGAUAUUGUGCUUCUACUACAAGAAAAAGAGCAUGAGUCAUUCCAGAGAGAUGGGAACGAUUUGCAUAUGACACACAAGGUAGGACUCGUUGAAGCUCUCUGUGGAUUCCAGUUCACGUUCAAGCACCUCGAUGCCCGUCAGAUUGUCGUGAAAUAUCCUCCUGGCAAAGUCAUCGAACCAGGCUGUGUCCGGGUUGUUCGAGGCGAAGGAAUGCCCCAGUAUCGUAAUCCUUUUGAAAAAGGUGAUCUUUAUAUAAAAUUUGAUGUGCAGUUUCCUGAUAACAACUGGAUUAGCCCAGAGAAGCUAUCUGAACUUGAAGAUCUUCUGCCAGCUAGACCAGAAGUUCCCAGUGUGAUUGGUGAAACAGAAGAGGUAGAUCUCCAGGAGUUCGAUAGCACUCGUGGUUCAGCAGGUGGUCAGAGACGCGAGGCUUAUAACGAUAGCUCUGAUGAGGAGAGCAGCCACCAUGGACCCGGAGUACAGUGCGCCCAUCAGUAAACGUAGAGGAAAAAAGUUGCACAGAAGGAUUUCCUUUCCAAUUUUGCCUGAUUUGUUGUCAGCAAUCCAGCUGGAUUGUUAAGCAAUCCAGAUGAACUGAUGGACAUCUGUUGCUCUAUGUGUAACUUUUAAAAUUGGUUAUAGUAUCUACAGAGUGUAUAAUUUAAACUAACCACAAAGCUUUACAUCUUCAUUUUGACCGUCCUGUAGCAGAAUAAAAGCACUUGAAAGGAAAACCAGACAACUCCCUUUCACAUGGAUUCUAAGUUUCAGUCCUCAGUAUCUGUGCUUGAUUUUUACCAGUUUUGUGUCGAUUUUACGUUUCCUAUUUUAAAUCCUACAUUGUAAAGUUUGUGUACAAUUCAUCCCGAAGCUUUGUAUUUGGCUGCACUUGCAUAAGCUGCUACAAAUAGAAUAAAGAAUUUCAUAGCCUGUAUCUAUCAUUUAGAUGCAUGGUAAAUGGGCUUUGCACACAAUGGGUUUGGAGCUGACUGGGAACAAUGGAAGACUAAGUUAGAAGUGGUUGUAAAGUUUUUUUUUUUUUGGUUUUGUUUUCUUUUUUUUACCAUCUUGUGAAAGGUUUCUGAAACGCGAUAAUAAAAGCAGUUGAUGUAUAAAUAUUCCCGGUGUCACAUUUUUAAAAGUAUGGACAAGUUUUAACAGUUCUUAUAAAACCCAUUGGAGUGAGGUUUCAUGCUUCAAGCCCUUACCGAGUUUUUUAAAGGAAAGCUGGAUGGUGGUAGAAACAGGCUUUGUUGGUAUCAUAAUGGCAUUUUGUAUGUAGUGUCAGCCAAAGGUAAUGUGUUAAAUGAAUAGUAAUGUUUAUAGCAUUGCUGGCCAGGCUAACGUACACCUCUUUCCCCCCCUGCUUUGUAGGGAUUCAUUGAGAUUAUGGGGGGGGGGGGGGGGCGCUGUCUAGAUACUACUAAUCUCAACUGGGCAACAGAAAUGGUGACUUCAUAGCCCUUGUGCUGUGUCUGUGUGUGUAAUAAAUAACUUGGUCAUCUAUCUUCCACUCUAGUUGAAAUUUGAAGUGGAAAUAAUUUUAAAAGUUAGGCUGAUGCAACAAGAAAUAUCAGGUAAAGUUAAAUACAAUUUGAAAUUGUAAGACUUUUUUUGCAAUUGAAUGUAAUGUGUUUCCUCCCAAACUCCGGGUUAAAACUGUCAAGAAACAUUGAAGGGAAAUAGUAGAAGUUAAACGGAUUUUCUUGGAUGCUACUAAAUCUGUGUAGGGAUAGGAGGGAGACAAUAAAAAUCAAAUCUGAAUUUGAAUAUUUUGACAUCCAUUCUUUAGCCUGGACAAUCAUGAGUUCUUUAUAAGCAGGAGGAUUAGAAGAGGGAUGAGGAAGUUCCCAGGAAGAACUUGCUCUCAAGCAGUAGCCAAGGAAAGAGUGGUUUAUUGUGUUGAGGUUUAGUCAGCAGAAAGACUUCUGAAGACAACCUUGGCUAAAAUUGACACAGUUGGAGAGUUGUUGUAUCCAAGGCUACAUCCCCGCAAACAUUUAACUCUGAAGUAAGAAAUGCAACUUCUUUAUCAACUUGUGAACUUAAAAUAAAGGUUUAUGCAACAUUAAA